GCUCAAGCAAAAGAAAAUAAAUAAAUAAAGAAAGUAAGUAAGACUGUAUACUUCUAUUGCCAUAUAUAUAACACUCGAAUGUUGCCUCUAAAAUCCCCACAAUCUCAAAGCAAACAUAAUUGGUCUAUUUUUUCUUCAUCUUCUUUCAAAAAAAAUAAAAAAUAAAAAAUCAACAUCUUUCACUUGAAACCCAAAUUUUAUUAGGAAAGUUGGAAAAAACAAAUGGAAUCCUUAAAUUUUCACAAAAUCAAAUUAGAGAAAGCAAAUGCUAUAUUAAGGUACAAAAAGCGUCAAAGCGUGACAAUAUUAUUCCGUUUCAUGGAGUUGUGCAUAUUUUUCGUCGCAAUCUCAAGAUUUUCCAUUCAAUUGCCAUUCACUUUCAAGCUCUCGAUCGAGUAUUUCAAGGGACUCGGUGUUACCCUCAUUAGUCCUCGAUUCGUCUUUGUUCUUGGAAACACGAUUGUCCUCAUUCUCUUCUUGAAAUCAGGACAGUCGAAUACUAAAGAUUGUUCCACGAACAAUGUUAAAAUCGAUUUGUACGAUGAGUACAAGCAAAAAUGUUCGAUGAACAAAGAGGCUUACUGUGAACAGAGCAAGAAACAGAGUAUUCUGGUACAUAGACGAUUAGUAGAAAAGAAACUUCAUCAUAGCCAUUCAGACAGCUUUACUAGUUUGUCGCAUGAUGAGAAUGAGAAGCCUAAAAAAGAAUUAAUCCGAUCGGCUACAGUAGGAUGCUUGAAAGUUAUACACACUGACAGUGUAAAAUCGGUGGAGGAUGAAAUGAGCGGUGAAGAAUUUAGGAAAACUGUUGAGGCUUUCAUUGCAAGACAACAAAGAUUCUUGAGGGAAGAAGAGUUAUUUUCAGCUGUUGUAUCAACAUAAACAUAGACAUCUUGUACCAACAUAAAUCUCUAACGGCAGCAGUUGCAAUUCUACUUGUAAAUGAAAAUAGUUUUGUGACUUUUGUCCCUGCACCACUCAACUUUUGUUAACAGGGGAAGAUAUCUGUUGUGCAUCCGCCUGUUAACUUUUAUCUAUUAAAAGUACAAGGAAUGCUUCACUUCUAAUUUCUUGAAACCACCAAAUAAAACAACAUAGUAGGAAUUACCAAUCAAGGUUGUGGUGUAAUGAUAAGUAUUAUUUCAUCCUUAAUGAGAUUUCGAGUUUGAGGCGAGAGCCAUUUACCUGCAAUGUUGAAUCCAGACUUAAUCGGACCC